AUGCUCCGAAUAUACGGCAAAGUCGUCGAAUGCGGCGCCGAAUUGGCGCAGGCGUUGGGCGCGUACGCGGACGCCGGGCGACCGUUCGACGGACGCCGCGUUUACGGCAACUACGGGGUCGACGUAGUCAUGCGCUCAGAGUUCGGGCUCGAGUCGGGCGAACAGCUGCGACCGCUGCCGGACGACACGUUCCGCCGCAUGGCUCAGGACAACGUGCGACCAAAAGCCGCCCGAUUGUUGGCCAUCCUAUUGUUGCCGAAAUGGUUGCGCCGGGCGCUGGGCGUCGCCCAUCCCACCCGUGACACCACUAUUGACUUCUUUUUCCGAAUGAUUCGCCGCGCGAUUCGCGACGUCGACGGCGGAUCGCGUGACGAUUACAUCGUGGCGCUGGUGACCGCCAAUCGCAGUCCGAUCGACACGUCGCCCGACACUCGUCGCGGAGAUGACAGUGAACAGUCGCCCAAAACACGCGACCUAUACCUGACGGAUGACGAGUUGAUGUCCAACGCGUAUGUGUUUCUCUCGGGCGCCUACGACACGACUGGAACGCCCCUAUCGUACGCCACAUACGAGUUGGCGCUGAACCCCGAUAUCCAACAGCGACUGUACGACGAAGUUAUGGGGGCGCCGGUGGGUGACGACGGACACACCAUACCGUACGACACGCUAAUGGAAAUGCCGUUCCUCGAGGCGGUGGUGUCCGAGACGUUCAGACGCCACGGAUUCAACUACCGGAUCGACCGGCGCGCCGACCGGGACUACACGCUGGGCGACACCGGUAUCACCGUGAAAAAGGGUCAACGGGUGCAGGUGCCCAUACACGCCAUGCACCAUAUGGCCGAGUACUAUAAGGACCCGUACGUUUUUGACCCGGAUCGAUUUAUGCCUGAUCAGCGACACCUACUCCAGCGGAAUGCCUACAUGCCGUUCGGGGCCGGACCCCGCGUGUGCAUAGCCUAUCGAUUUGUCAUAAUGGUGAUCAAGGUGGCAUUGACCAUGGUCAUUAGGCAGUAUAAGUUUGUGCGCAGCCCGGACACCGACGUGCCGUUGCGUAUAGUCUCAAACCCUGUGCUAUAUUUGGCCGAUAGGGUGGUGGUGGGUGUCGAGCGGCGCUAGUGAUUACCAUGAUUAUUGUCAUGGACAUAUUUUAAUCUAAGUGGC